GACAAUUUUUUACAUGCUCUAGGAAAGUUCUACAUGUCUCUCGUUGUGGGGAGAACUCAGAAACAGCUUUGCAUCUCUUGAGGGAUUGCCCUUUUGCUGUACAGGGGAUACAAAUACAAAGAAAUGGCUUGCAAUAUUUUUGUUAAAUCCCAAGCUCCGAGAUGGAUAGGUUGGCAACCACCAGUCCUCCCUUUUGUGAGCUAAAUACUGAUGGAUCUAGAUUGCAGGAGACUGAGCUUGCUAGUGCUGGUGGGGUGGCGGUCCCGGCGCCAAAACCAUUUCUGCAGUCGCUGAAAUCCGUUGUGAAAGAGACGUUCUUCCCUGACGAUCCCUUUCGUCAGUUUAAGAACCAGCCUCCGUUGAAGAAGGUCUUGUUGGGGAUUCAGUACAUUGUUCCCAUCUUCGAGUGGGCUCCACGCUACACUUUCCAGUUCUUCAAAGCCGAUCUCAUCGCCGGAAUCACCAUUGCCAGUCUCGCCGUCGCUCAAGGCAUAAGCUACGCCAGUUUGGCAAAUUUGCCACCAACCAUCGGACUUUAUUCAAGCUUUGUUCCACCACUUUUAUAUGCCAUGUUGGGAAGCUCGAGAGAUUUGGCAGUGGGGACUCUUGCGGUGGUGUCUCUUCUAAUGGCUUCGAUGUUGAGCAAAGCGGUAAACCCUACUGAAAACCCAAAGGCCUACCUUCAGUUAGCUCUUACUGCCACUUUCUUAGCUGGAGUUUUCCAAGCUUCUUUAGGCAUCUUCAGCCACAAUUGUCUGCCUACAGCAGCUAAAAGGGAUUCUUGGUUUGGUUCAUUUUACUCGCGAGACCGACCUUGUAUCUGUCUUGCGCUCCGUUUUAAGCCAAACACACAAGUGGAGAUGGGAGAGUGCUGUCCUGGGCUGCUGUUUCCUUUGCUUCCUCUUGCUUACAAGAUACUUUAGCAAAAAAAAGGCGGCCUUCUUUUGGAUAAAUGCGAUGGCCCCGUUGACAUCAGUGAUUCUGGGCAGCGUUCUUGCAUACUUCACCCAUGCAGAGAAACACGGCGUUCAAGUGGGCCAUUUUCGAGGUCUGCAGUGAAUUUCAAUGCAGGAUGCAAGAGUGCAGUGUCCAACAUUGUCAUGGCAACGGCAGUGAUGUUCACUCUGCUGUUCCUCACACCACUGUUUCAUUACACUCCCCUUGUGGUGCUUUCUUCCAUAAUUAUAGCUGCCAUGCUCGGUUUGAUAGACUACGAAGCUGCUAUUCACCUCUGGAAGCUCGACAAGUUCGACUUCAUAGUUUGCAUGGGUGCUUACCUAGGUGUUGUCCUUGGCAGCGUUGAGAUUGGCUUAAUCAUUGCUGUCACUGUUUCCUUACUUCGGGUUCUUCUCUCUGUGGCUAGACCUAGGACGUUUGCUCUAGGCAUCAUUCCAAACUCAGGAAUCUAUAGAAGUAUCGAUCAAUACCCGAAUGCAAGCAAUGUUCCUGGGGUUCUCAUACUUCAGAUUGAUGCACCCAUCUACUUUGCCAAUGCAAACUACUUAAGAGAAAGGAUCUCCAGAUGGAUCUAUGAGGAAGAAGACAGGUUGAAAUCUUCAGGAGAAGCAAGCUUACACUACGUCAUAUUAGAUAUGAGUGUCGUCGGUAGCAUUGAUACAAGCGGGGUAAGCAUGCUCGAAGAGGUCAAGAAAAACAUUGAUAGAAAAGGUCUAAAGCUUGUACUGGCAAACCCACGAAGUGAGGUGAUCAAGAAGCUGGACAAAUCCAAGUUCAUUGAGAAAAUUGGCCAGGAAUGGAUCUAUCUGACUAUAGGAGAAGCUGUAGCAGCAUGCAACUUUAUGCUACACACACGCACAUCAAAUACAAAUGCAGUUGAAUAUGAUGCACAAGAUAAUGUCUGAUAUAUGGUCAAUCAAAUCAAUGGAGUGAGUAAUACAUAAUGAGAAUGACUGUGAGUGCAGUGACUAUCCAUGAUAAGGGAACUUGCUCUGAUAUGAUCAAAAGAAGAAGAGUGAAUAUUUUAUGGAUAUGUAGAAGUAUGAAUUUCUGUAAUACCAUAGAAGAAAAUAUGAUAUUGCAU